AUGCCUGAGACCGAGCAGGAAAUUUCUCCCAGUUUACUCAAACUAUGGGUCCUAUACACCGAUGGCGCUUCCAACACAUCAGGAUCUGGACUGGGACUCGUACUCGAGGUCCCAACAAGCGAAGUUAUUCGCCAGUCUAUAUGGUGCCCUGAUAUGACUAACAAUGAGGCUGAGUAUGAGGCCAUAAUUGCAGGACUAAGGCUAGCUCUUAAAUACGGAGCACGACGAGUCGUCAUACGAUGCGACUCGCAACUCGUUGUUAACCAAGUCACAGGGACUUUUCAAAUCAAAGAGCAGAGGCUACAAAAUACCAGGAGGGAGUACUCUCAUCAGACAAAAGGAAGCCAAAACGCUUCGAAUGCAGCCGACCAGAAGCAAGUGCAUUCGCCUAGGUAUGCGAACAGGAAGUUAUCACAUUCAUAUGGAGGAACAUCAAAUGUCGCAUCGGUAUCCCCAAAGAAAUUAGCUAUGACAAUGGACCCCAAUUCAUCAGGAAAAAGACCGCUGAAUUCUUCGAGAAAUGGCACAUCAAGCAAAUACUAUCCACGCCAUAUCACCCUGCAGGCAAUGGCCAAGCCGAAUCCUCCAACUAAACAAUUCUAA